AUGUCGGCAAAGUACGCCUUCUCGAAGUCCCUCCGCGAGGUGCGAUUCCUCUUUUGCCAAACUUCGGAGCAGAGCGCGGCUGUCCGAUCAUUCCUCACCCGAUCAUACCCUACCAUGAAGCGCAACAACCCCAAUAUCCCCAUUCUCAUCCGCGAAGCUGCUGGCACUCAGCCCAAGGUUUUCACCCGAUACGAUCGGGGUGUUGAGAAGUCACAGAUCCUCGAGGGUCUCUCCGACAAGGAGAUUGAAGAGACCGUCACAGGCCUGGUCAAGUCUGAUCAAUAG